AUGGCUUCAACAUCAUCGUCAACGAAUAGAGAUUUCGAACAUUUUUGUCACAAAGUUUAUUCAAUUAGUAUUGCUCUUGCUAUGGCCAUGUGUGCAGCUGGUGCUCGAAAUGAAACGCUCAAUCAAAUGUUACAUGUCUUUGAUAUAACAUCAAUAGAACACUUAGCAAAAACAGCUGAAAAUGUUAUGCAUAUUUUUUCUCUUGUUGAUCAUGAUACACAAGUUAAACUUAAACUAGCUAAUCGCCUUUAUGGACAAAAAACAUACAAACUUCAAGAAAAUUAUUUAAGUCUUGUUCAAACCUCUUUCAAAGCUGAUAUCAAACUUGAAGAUUUUGAAAACAAUAGUGCACAUGUUGUUCAAACAAUCAAUGCAUGGGUUGAAAAACAAACAAAUAAACUAAUUCGAAAUUUACUUUCGACAAAUGAUGUUUCACGCGAUACACGAUUAAUUAUUGUGAAUUGUAUUUAUUUUAAGGGUACAUGGGUAGAACAAUUCAAAGAACAUUUAACAAAUGAAAAUGCUGAUUUCCAUGAAGCUGACGGUAAAAUAUCAAAAAUAAAACUAAUGCAUCAAAAAGAAAAGUUUAAUUAUGCUGAAAAUGAAGAUUUAAAUGUACAAAUUGCUCAUUUAUCUUAUAAAAGCGAUAUUUCUGAUGUUCAAUUUGUAUUUACUGUAAUUUUACCAAAACAAGGUAUUUCAUUAGAUGAAGUUGAACGAAAAUUAACAUCACAACCAAACUUAAUGCAACAAGUGUUAAGUGAUGAAAAUACAACAAUAAAAGAACUUCUUUUAUAUAUACCAAAAUUCAAAAUGGAAGCUAAGUUUGAAUUAAAUGAUGUUCUUGUACAACUUGGAAUGACAAAUGCAUUUGAUGGAAAUAAAGCAGAUUUUACUGGUAUGGUCAGUGAACAAGACGAUAAAAAUGGUUUAUAUAUUAGCAAGGUUAUUCAUAAAGCAUUUAUCGAUGUGAAUGAACUCGGAUCAGAAGCAGCAGCAGCUACAGCUGUUAUCAUGACCCGUUGUUGUGCAUUCAUCCAGGAGAAAGAAGAGCCGAUUGAGUUCAAAGCUGAUCGACCGUUUUUAUUUUUCAUUCGUGAAAGUCGACAAAAUAUUGUUUUAUUCAGUGGCAAGUUUGUUUCAUCACCACCAGCUUCAUAA